AUGCUAAUUUAUCCUCAGAAUUAUGGACCAUAUCCAUAUCAAAUGCCAAAAAUGUAUACCAAGCGAACAACACCUCAAAGUGAAAGGGAUUAUCUAAGGGUUCAGCAAAGAGUAAUGUUAAAUGGGCAUAAGAUAUACAUCGUCUCAAACUUCAUUGACAGGUAUUUUGGUACCCAUGUUACCAUCGCAAUCUUAACAUCGCUUGCCAAGAUAAUAAUGUCUAAACAUAAGAUCAAGCUUGAUCGUUUAGCCAGGCGUAAUCGACAAGCACUGCUAUGCUGGUAUGCGGAAAACUGGGAUAUCAUAUGCCCGGUCUUAAAGCAGAAAGAUUUUAUAGACAAAGUAAAGUUAAUAAAUGAAGAAAAUAUGAAGAUACAGAAAGAAAAGAAAGAAGAAGAGCAAACAGAGCAAAAGAUAGAAGAGAUAGUGGACCCAAGCGACUUGGUUUCGCUGCUGAACAGCCACUAG